AUGAGCAGUCAAGACAAGCUUCAAACCUACUCCAACGAAUUGGAAAGUGUGGAAGGAAGAAUUGAUGAGAGCAUUACAACGCUCCGCAGACUCAACAUUACAAGUCAAUCCGAUCCUAAUUUUAUUCAAAAACAAAUUGAAACUCAAUCACAAAGUAUCGAAGAACAAUUAGAAAAAGCAAAAAAACUCUACAACAAAAUUAAUAAUUUAACCAAGAAUGAUCCGACCAUUGAAAACGCUGUGAAUGAAACAAAAAAGAAGCAUAAAGAAAUUUUAUCGAAAUUGAGAUCUCAGUUUAAACAAGCAAAAAGUUUUAUUGAAACCAAAGCCAAAGGUCUCACUGAAAAUCUUCCAAACAAGUCCAAUAGUAGUAGUAGUAGUAGUACUAGUGGUAGCAACAAUGCUAUGGAUACAUCAGCACCAUCCACUCAAACAUCAUUCAAAGAAUCGACCAAGGAGGGAGUGAUGGGAUUUUUCGGUUUUGGUGGAAAUAAGAAUAGUACUAACAACUCGGAAACCAAACAAUUGUUGGACAAUGAUGAAGAGGAUGUGGUUGAAGUGAAGGUCAAUGAAACGGAAUAUUACAAGGGAAAUGCAAAUCUCACAAAAGAACAACGUCAAAAACAUGAUGAUAUUGAGAGAGAACUUUUUGCAGAAGUAUUCUCGACACAGAAGGAUUGUCUCGACAUUAUCGAUCGAUUAAACAAGAAGGCCGAAGAGACCAUUGCAAUUGCAACAGACAGUGCAGAGUUAUUGAAACAACAACGUGAACAGUUACAUAGAAUUGAUGAAGAAAUGGAUGCAUUAGGAAGUAAUAUUAAACGAGCUCAAAAAGAAGUGACAUCGUUCAUGAGGAGAAUUCACACAGAUAAGUGUUGUGCCGUAAUGUGCUUGUUGGUUGCAUUGGCAAUUUUGGGAGGUUGUAUAUUCGCCAUUGUCAUGAAAUUUAUUCCAAUUAACAUCAACAAUGGAGGUGGAAACAAUAACAACCAUCAACGUAAUUCGACCUCCAUGGGGCAAAAGAAGCAAUUGUAA